CAAUCGAAAAGGUGGAGGUCUGGGUCCCUUUCCCACUUGCCUGGACUCUGUCCCCUGAUCGGGCGUCUCCACUCCCCGAGUUUCUUCCUCAUAGGCUUGUCCCUGGGAGUGUGGGCGGCCCACUUCCUGAGCACAGAAACUCUUACCACCCCCUUCCCUCCUCUUCCUCCUCUUCCUCCUCCCCUCCCCGCACACCAGCCCUCCUCGGUGCCUCAUCACUUCCUACCUCAGCCUCUUCCUCCUCGGAGCGGUUCCUCAGACCACCCGCCCCCGCGGACUGCACCGGGUUUUCCACGGACCAGCCAGGGAGGCGGAGAGGCAGCAAUGAAUGUGGAACACGAGGUUAACCUCUUAGUGGAGGAAAUUCACCGUUUGGGUUCAAAAAAUGCUGAUGGGAAGUUAAGUGUGAAAUUUGGGGUCCUCUUCCGAGAUGACAAAUGUGCCAACCUCUUUGAAGCAUUGGUAGGAACACUCAAAGCCGCAAAACGAAGGAAGAUUGUUACAUACCCAGGAGAGCUACUUUUGCAAGGUGUUCAUGAUGAUGUUGACAUUAUAUUGCUGCAAGAUUAAUGUGGUUUGCAUAUCAUUGUUCAUUGUUAUUUUCUGGUAAACUGGAAUAUUUUCAAGUCAGAGGAAAAACAUGAACAUAGUUAAUGUAUUUUUAUAGAACUUUGUAAACAAAAGGAGACUCAUUUUAGAAGUCCAUCCUUUUCAUAUCUUGAAAGAAAAUUUAUGUAUUACACUGUAAAAUAAACAAAACUGAUUAUUUUUCUCAGGAAUCUGGUUGAAAAAUGUAGGCAUUGAAGUUUUUGUGAUGGGCGUGUGAGAGUUUCAUAAAUCAUUCUUAGACAAUUUCCAUAGAUAAUUGAUAUUCUGUGAAAGCAAGAAGCAAACUAAAGACCAGCUCCCACAAGGAAUAUUUUAAUGUUUAUGUAAUAAAAACAUGUUACUAUCUUAAAA